CCUCCGGGGCGGCUGAAUUGGCCCAUGGCGGCGGGCGCGGGCGCCUUCGCGUGGGCCACCUUCCCCUCCAUGCCCACGCGGCGCGUGUACUGCAGCGCCGCGCACCGCGACGGGCAGCUCUUCGUGCUGGGCGGCUGCGGGAGCGGCGGGCGAGCCCUGGGAACUGCUGAGGUACUCGAUCUGCCAACCCAGCGCUGGACCACUCUCCCACCACUGCCCACGCCGCGGGCUGGCGCUGCCGCCCUCGCCCUGGGCAAGCAGAUCUUGGUGGUGGGCGGUGUGGAUGCGGCACAGAGCCCCCUCGCCUCCGUUGAGGUCUACCACGUGGAUGAGGGCAAGUGGGAGAAGAAAGCAGCAUUGGCUCAGCCCUCCAUGGGCAUCUCAGCUGUGCAGAGAGAUGGGGCUGUCUAUGCGCUGGGGGGAAUGGGUGCGGACACCUCUCCCCAGGCACUGGUCCGUGUCUAUGAGCCGGCAAAGGACCACUGGCAGCCCCUACCCUCCAUGCCCACCCCAUGUUAUGGAGCUUCUGCCUUCCUCCAGGGAAACAAGAUCUUUGUUCUGGGAGGCCGGCAAGGCAAGCUGCCUGUCACCGCCUUUGAAGCCUUUGACCUGGAGACAAGGAGCUGGACACGCUACCCCAGCGUGCCCAGCCGCCGCGCCUUCGCCGCCUGCGCCAUGGCUGAUGGGGUUGUCUUCAGCCUGGGAGGGCUGCAGCAGCCAGGGCCCCACAACUUCUAUUCCCGUCCCCAUUUUGUCAACACCGUGGAGAUGUUUGAUCCUGCACAGGGUGUGUGGAGAAAGCCAAGCCGCACCAUCCGUAUGAAAGAGAAGAGAGCCGACUUCGUGGCUGGAUGCCUGGGAGGAAGAGUGGUGGCUGUGGGUGGCCUCGGGAACCAGUCCUGCCCACUGGACUCAGUGGAAGGGUUCAGCCUCUCACAGAAAAAGUGGGAGCCACUGCCCCCCAUGCCCACUGGCCGCUGCUCCUGCUCCAGCUGCCCAGCACCCAGCCUGCUCUUCAUCAUCGGCGGUGUGGCCCAGGGUCCCAGUGGCGCUGUUGAGGCUCUGUGCCUGCGUGAUGUGCCCUGAGCAGGACCCCGAGGACCUGCCCUGGCCAAGCACCAAGUGCCUGAAGACAGGGACAAGGUGUGUGAGCACCUAUGUGUUCACCCAAGGUGACCUGGCUCCAGGAAACCUCUGUCCCAUGAUGCCAGGCACCAAAGCAGCUGUGGUUUUGGGAACUCCCAGCUCCUGCAGCGCUGUGGCAAUGAAGCCCAGGGCAAACUCCUGCCUGGUGGGAUGGCCGUCGCCAGCAGUGUGGAGGGAGCAGUGGUGGCAGGACUGGCGCUGGCCUCACUGCCCUGUCCGGCCCCAUCUGUGCCACGGCGUAUCCGUGCCGUGUGUGUAGCAGUGAGUGCUGUGUCGUCGUAGACCCAGUCGAUGUCUCAUGUAGCACAGAGGUGCCCUGUAGCUCAGUGCCUGGGAGGUGAUGUGUAGCACCUCAAAUAAAUGAAACGUGGAGUUUUA